UGAAUGGCUUAAAAAUCUUAGAUUCCCAGAUGGUUAUGUGUCAAACAUGGGUAGGUGUAUAGACAUGAGAAAACUAAAGUUGUUUGGGAUGAAAAGCCAUGAUUGUCAUGUCUUUAUGCAAAGAUUACUCCCAAUAGCAUUUAGGGAAUUGCUUCCAAAAAAUGUGUGGCAAGCAUUGACCGAAUUGAGCAAUUUCUUUAGAGAGUUAACUUCAACAACACUUAGAGAAGAAGCCAUGUUACAGCUCAAUGAAGAGAUUCCUAUUAUAUUAUGUAAACUAGAGCGUAUAUUCCCUCCAAGUUUCUUUGACUCCAUGGAACAUCUCCCAGUGCAUUUGGCUUAUGAAGCAUGGAUUGCUGGUCCUGUGCAAUAUCGGUGGAUGUAUCCAUUUGAGAGGUACCUUAGGAAGUUAAAAAAUAAUGUGAAAAAUAAAGCCAAAGUGGAAGGUUCCAUAUGCAAUGCAUACUUAGUUGAAGAAGCAUCGUCAUUCUGCGCUCAUUAUUUUGAACCCCAUGUCAACACAAGGCAUCGAAAGGUUCCACGCAAUGAUGAUACAGUCGAACAUAUGGAUGAACAUCUAGGGAAUCUAUCAAUUUUCACUCAUUCCGGUAGGCCACUGGGAAAAGGAAAGGUUAGAUAUCUCACAGAACAAGAAUUUCAAGCAGCACAAAUGUACAUCUUGUUGAAUUGUAUAGAAGUAAAACCGUACAUUGACAUUUUUGUUAAUGAGUUACACAUGGCCAAUCCAAAUAUCAAUGAUAAACAAGUUGAUGAGAAACUAGAGCGUGAAUUUGAUAAGUGGUUCAAUAAAUAUGUUCACAAUCCCUCCAACAAUAUAUCAAGCCAGUUUUUAAAGGAUCUAUCAAAGGGUCCAUUAAGAAGUGUUAUGUGCUACAAUAGUUAUGUAGUUAAUGGUUAUAAAUUUCACACUAAAGGUUAUGGUUCGCAUAGGGCAACGAUGAACAGUGGGGUAUGUAUCAAGGGGACUAAUUACAGUACUAAUGAAAGUGACUACUAUGGACAAUUAAUUGAAGUGCUACGAUUGGAGUACCCUGGAUUACCAAUCAAAAGAACUGUAUUGUUUAAAUGUGAUUGGUUUGAUCCAACACCAAAUGUGGGAACAAAGAUUCAUCCAAAAUAUAAACUUGUGGAUAUUAAUCAUAAAAGAUCCUUCAAUAGGUAUGAACCAUUUGUUCUUGCUAUCCAAGCUGCUCAGGUGAAUUAUUCCAUAUAUCCAAGCUUAAAACGUGACAAGGAUGAUUGGUGGGCUGUGUUCAAAAUCAAAGCGAGAUCUGUUAUUGAUCUUCCUGAGCAAGUGAAUGUCACAACCCCCCCUGCACGGGAAGAACCAUUUCAAGAAGAUGAAAUGGAAGUCCCUUUGAUUCAAAUUGACGAUGAUGAUGAUCAACAACAAUACUUGAAUGAUCAAAACGGUGUACUAGUUGAAAUUAAUGAAGAGGAUGUUGAAGAUGAAGAAGAGCUUGAAUUGGACUCAGAAAGUGAUGAGGAAUGCGAUGAUGUAUAUGAUAGUGAUACUAAUUAGAAUUAGGAUGCGAGGCAACGGUCGCAGGGGAGGUUUGUUGGGUCAUUCACAGUCAAGGCAGUUACCUG